AUAACAACUAGAAUUAGGAGGGGCUGAAUGAUUUGGUCCAAUACAAGUCAAGUGAAAAGCAGUUCAGGCCCAGAGCAAACCUUCGCGAACACUUGCCCAAUUGGGUUGGGGAGCGCUCGCCCCGACCUGAGACCCACUGCCAGAAAUAACCGCGACCCAGGCCUUUGGGCGGGGCGAGUUUAAAGCGGCUUUCGCGCGCCGAAAGCGUCGGGCUGUCAUUGGCCAGCGACUUCCUCCCUUUGUGGGAGCUCCUUGCGUAGCCGGGGUUAGGGGUUGGGAGGAGCGACCGAGUGACGCAUCACCUCCCCAGCUAAUCAGGGAUGGGGGAGGCCGAGAAGGAAGCGGAUCCGCUGCCGCGCAGCUGAACUGCAGCGAACUACCCGCUUCGUCUCCCUCCGCCGCUAUCGGGGCCUAAGCGGGAGCGGCUGGGACGGCGUCACUGGGUGGGCUGGGGCGGAAGUGGAGGCGGAGGGAGACGGCGGCGUCCACAGGGCCCUGGGCUCUCGCGGCGAGGCCCUGGUGGGCGCGCGGCAGGGGGAGGGGGAGGAGGAGGAGCCCGCGGCCCGGGCGGCGGCGGCGGCGGCGGCGCCCGAGUUCCCCGUAGGGCCCCGCCUCGGAGCGGGCGGCGGUGGAGGAGGAGACUGAGGAGCAGGAUGGCGGCCUCGGCCCUGUACGCCUGCACCAAAUGUACCCAGCGCUAUCCCUUCGAGGAGCUCUCCCAGGGCCAGCAGCUCUGCAAGGAACCUGAAGCAGCAAAGCUGAUGGCAUCCUUCUUCCCUGCCCAGGAAAGCGAAGCGACUGGCUUGGGAACAGAAUGCUCUAUGAUUUGGAGCUCCUCCCAUCCCAUUAAAGCCGGGAUGCUGUCUGAAUGUCGGAUUGCGCAUCCUAUUGUAAAAUGUACUUACUGCAGAUCAGAAUUUCAACAGGAGAGCAAAACUAACACAAUUUGUAAGAAGUGUGCUCAAAAUGUGAAGCAAUUUGGCACUCCUAAGCCUUGUCAGUACUGUAACAUAAUUGCAGCAUUUAUUGGUACAAAGUGUCAGCGCUGUACAAAUUCAGAAAAAAAAUAUGGACCACCUCAGACCUGUGAACAGUGCAAACAACAAUGUGCUUUUGAUCGGAAGGAGGAAGGAAGAAGAAAGGUUGAUGGAAAGUUAUUAUGCUGGCUCUGUACUUUAUCAUACAAGAGAGUUUUACAGAAGACAAAAGAACAAAGGAAGAGCCUGGGAUCUUCACAUUCAAAUUCAUCUUCUUCAUCUCUUACUGAGAAAGACCAGCAUCAUUCAAAACAUCAUCACCACCAUCAUCACCAUCACCAUCGUCACAGCAGUAGUCAUCACAAAAUCAGCAAUCUGAGUCCAGAACAAGAGCAGGGACUGUGGAAACAGAGCCAUAAAUCCUCUGCAGCAAUUCAGAAUGAAACUCCAAAGAAAAAGCCCAAAUUGGAAUCUAAGCCAUCUAAUGGAGAUAGUAGCUCUAUAAAUCAGUCAGCAGAUAGUGGGGGAACAGACAAUUUUGUCCUUAUAAGUCAACUGAAAGAAGAAGUGAUGUCACUUAAACGUCUCUUACAGCAGAGAGACCAGACCAUUUUAGAAAAAGAUAAAAAGUUAACUGAACUAAAGGCAGACUUUCAGUACCAAGAGUCAAACUUGAGAACAAAGAUGAACAGUAUGGAAAAAGCUCACAAAGAAACUGUGGAACAACUUCAGAUAAUGGGAAGCGAGAUGGGUGUACAAACCACUUCUCAGGGACCUCAGGUGGAAGAAAUUUAUGCUGCAUGAAGUGAUGCAGCAUCUAGGUGAACCUCAGAGUGCAUAUACUCAUAUACUCAGAAGGAUGUCGAUAUAGGGAACAACUGAAUGGAGAGGAAGCCAAGAGUUACCAAUUACAGAGAGAGUGCUCUCUGAUGUCUGGCAUGCAGAGAUGAAAACAUUCAAUGGGGAUGUAGAUUAUAUCCUUAAGCUUUUUCUCACCUAGGUUUCAUAAAUUGAGAAAUGAGACUAUACUGAAUUACCUGUUAUGUUGAUUAUAUUGGGUUCUCGGAAAAGUCAGACGCAUAUUUGCAACAAAAACCAAAAAAUACGUCAUGACUUUUCCGACAACCCAAUACAUUCUAACAUUUGUAGAAUCAACCUUUGGGUAACAGGGUUUUCAGAAGUUUUAAAAGCGUAGAUGAUGUCAGCACACAGACUUGAGACUUGAUGGGAGAGUGCAACUUGGGAAGGAAGGAAUUAAUACUGCCCUGGUUGGUUGGUUGGUUGGUUGGUUGGUUGGUUGGUUGGUUGGUUGGUUGAUUUGUUGAUAACAAUGUAACACCAAGGGAUAUUUGAUAUUUCUAUCUUUUGGUUUUGUAUUCUUCAUAGUUCUUUCAAAGGAGCUUAAAUUGAGUAAGAUUGUAAAGUGGAUUUAGGAACCUGUUGAAAUUUGAUGUACAGGUUACCUGCUCUUAACACUGAUCUUACUAUUACAGAGAAUUUUGAAGACAAACCUUGAUUAGAACUUGGCAUAUAGUAGGCAUUCAAAUAAUUUGUUGAAUGAGUGGUGAUUUAUGGAAAUGGCCAUCUGCCUUCUGUCCUGAGAGAUUACCCAUAUCAUUUUUGACUUCUUACACAUUAUCAUCAUCUAGCAGCAAGUAUUCGUUUUAUUAUAUUCUCCUUUUUCUGAUUCAGUUUUUAAUGCUGAAUGAUUACUUGGUAACAAAAUCUUCUGUAUGGUGAUCUCUCAUUUAAUGUGUGUAACCAAAACCCUGGAGUAAGUCGAGAAUGAAGUGACGAAACAACUGUGAGCAGUACUUGAAUAUGAUAACACUUAGUACUUCUCAAUGUUUGAAAGGCAAUUUGUUUUAUUUUGUAGUUGUAAGCACAGGAGAACCUCUUUGACAUCUUAGCCUGAUUGACAUCAUAAGCCUACCUCCUCUUGGUUGGCAGCUGAAGUUUCAUAUGAUAGCAUAUUAAUUAAUAAAGUACAACAUUUUCAAUAUGAUUUUACAUAGGCUGUCUUAUUUGUGCCUUAAAAUAACAGUUAUAUGUCAGAAGUGACAUAGAAACCUACAUCUUCUGACUCUGAUUUGACUGUACUUUCUCCUGUUCCACACUUUUCCCACCACCUCAGGUUACUUAGGUUUUCUGUUUCAUCCUUGUUAUCAGACCACUUCCCUAUCUUUUGUGUUAUUGCUGAUGACAUUCUGUCACAGUUAAGUACCUUCUUUGAAACCCCACUCCCUUUAGCAACCAUGUACUAGUAGGUGAGUAAACAUAGUGAACUAUUUUUCUUUUUCUUAUCUUUUUGUGAUAAGAAACUAAACCCUGUACCAGGAAACUUACCUUUCUCUAAUAGCUCUCAAAACGUUUAACUAUCACACCUGGAGAAAAAAACACUGAGCAUUACAAGAAAAAAUUGUGCAGAAUACCAAAACAAAAACAAAAAAAACAAACCCCAAAACCCAAAUUAUCUAAAAUAUCAAGAAUACCAAAUAAAAAGUCUACUUUCCUUUAGGAAAUAAGGAUAAAAGGGGACAGGGUACAAACAUUUGAGUGCCUACUAUGUGUAAGCCACUGUGUUAGGCUAAGUGUUUUAUAAUUUUGAUUAGUUCUUUGGACUCCUGUUGUGAAGUUUAUGUUUACAGAUGAGAAAAUAGACUCCAGGUUACAUAGCAGAUAAGUGGCAGAGCCAGGAUUCAAAGCAGGAUCUGUAUGAAUCUUACUCCAGAUAUUCUUUCCUUUAGUCCAGUGUUUCUAAACAUUUUUACCUUGCUUGAGAAUUUUUAAGUAAUUUAAUGGAUUUUUGAAGGUGCAUAAUAAGUAAAAUUAGCAUAAAAAUUUUAAAUAUAUUUGUAUUUAUAUAUUAUAAAAUAUAUUUUUAUUGUACCUCUGUUAGAAUAGACAAACUUGGGCUUUUCUCCAUUUAACAACUGAUGCACUGUUUAUUUUUCUUAAACACUUUUUCUUACAUAAUUUCUUAGCAAAUAAAUUUAUUAGUGACAUGAUUAGAAGACAAAUAUAUAAAUGCAGAUUGAAAAUUAGCUGCUAAAGAAUUAAAAGGAAAAAUUGCUUUCAAUACCUAAUGUUUGAAUUCUGGUAUUUCAUACUUAGGAUAUGAAAAUUAUAAACUCAUUUUUUUUUUUAUUGAUUGAGAAAAACUAAUUUGAAGAUUAACUUUUUAAUGAUUUGGUGUGUCAGUAUAAAUGCUUCUAUAUAAAUGUAACUUACAGAUCUAAUGGAGCUGUCUUUGAGGCACAUUUACAGGCAUCCCUUUUUAUGCCCUUCUUAAAAUUUGUAUUUUAAAAUUUCUUAAGAUACAUUUUUUUAGUCAGUAAGUCUAUUAAGUUACAAAUUAAAUAAUUUGUAGCUAACAAUAAAAAGAAAACAAUUCAAAACUACCACAUUGACUAGGACUGGUCUGCUGAGUAAUAAACCAGUCAGUAAAGAGUGUGCUCACUUGACUUCCCUUAACGCCAGGCAUUCUCAUUGAUUUGACCUCUGAGUUUCUCAAACUGUUUAGUUUUAAAGGGAAAAUAAAAUCAUUUUAGAUUCUUGAUGGUUUUCUAAAUUUGAAAUUGAAUUAGAAACUCUUAAUUACCACCUUAAUAAUUUAAUAAUCGUAAACACAAAUGCUGUUAAUCAUGCAGUGGAACAUAAAAAAUGAUUUGCAAAUAUAAGAUUGCUCUAAGAAUAUUUGCAUUUUGGAGGUCAUAAGUUAUGAAUUAGGGAGAAUUUGAUUGGAGAAGACUGGAGGGGUGAAAGUACAAAGCCUGGAAAGGUUUCUAUUUCAUGGAACUGCUUUAAGAUAGUAUACAGAGAAGGCAGGAUGUUAAUUUGCCGUACAAAAGCUAAAAUUAGAGUAGAAGAUGAAGCACUGAGGUUAAAAAAAAAAAAAGCCUAUCUAGAUAACAAAAAAUCUUGAGACCUGUGAAAGAAAAUUGUUUUUAAACAUAAGCUACAGAAUAUCUUUUAAAAUUCUGUUAUUUUAGGGCAUUGCUCAGAUUCCAAGCUAUUGUCAACAGUCUCCCCGUUUUGGCCCAAAAAUUUCAAAAGUGUUUGAUCAUUAGUGUCCUUAUAUAGUAUAUGGAGGGUCCUUAUUUAUGUUUCCACAGUUAAGAGAUUGCAUAGGGAGACAAAGGCAGUGAAAAUAUGAAAAUAUUCUGAAUACUGAAGGGUCCCUACUUACAAAUCCCUCCUCACUGAACACUAGUGAUUGUCAGGGCACAUUGGCUUAAGAACAGUGUCUUUGUCAAUGGCGCAUGGAACAUUUGAAUAAAGUGCAAAUUCAGUUCAGGUAGAUGACAAAGUGCAAUUGUGAAUCUUUGAAAAGAAAUUUCAGCCUUGCAUGAAACUGAAAACAAUGAGGAUGUAUCACUGCUCAAAUUUUAUCAAAGCUAGUACCAAAGGACUGGAUGACAGAUAAAGGAGCAAAAAUAAGAUCAGAAAGGGUGAUGCUGAUGGGUUAAAAAAUAAUAAUAAUAAUAAAAAAAAUUGGGUAUUAAAUUAAGAAGAGAGCCCCUGUGGCAAAGUGAUAAAAUCAAUAUUUUUCCAAAAAGGACUUCUUAUACUUGUUCUAAAAAUAAGUGAACAUCAAAUGAAAGAUUAUACAGUCUGUAGGGAACUAUUGCAUCUUAAUCAUCACUUAAGCCAUUUGAUCUUAUUUAUUACAAAAUGAAACUUAUUUUCAUGGUUUUUAUCUAAUGUUUUUAGGAUAAAGAGCCAAAAAUUUUAUCCAUAUUUAAAAUUUUGACCCUAUUUUAAAUGGAUUCACUGUAAGUUGUCUUUUUUAUAACCGAUUAUAAAAAGAUGAAUCUAAAUAUACUUUUUCAUUUAAUUCUGUUAGUGUUUCAAUGAAUCUUUGCUCUGUAAGUGAAAAAAACAGCAUUAAAUAAGUAGUAUUCUUCAGCAUGACUUAAUAAUAUUUCAAACAUUUUUAAUCUUAAAUGUUUC